CGCAAUUUUUGACAGCCGGUAGCAUGGCAAAUUGAAUUUUUCCAACUCUGCGUAGUAAUUUUUCAUCACAAAAAUAAGCGUGAAAAGUGAGAGAUUUCCUGAAAUGGGAUAAAAGAAAAAUAAUCAACGAAAGUUUUGCGGGUCAAAGUAGGCCGAACCGAGUGGCUUUCGGAGUGUUUUGGCGGCAAAGAAGUUGUGGGAUUGAAUUGCAAAAAAAAUGAUUGCUUAUCAGCGAUUACUUUUACAUAAUAGCAGACACUGCUCAGCAGAUAACUGUUCUUGAGUUGAAUUUCGGGAUAAUUUUUGCUGAAGCUGCAAAUUCUAGAGGCGCGUCAGGGUGGAUUUAGUUGAGAGUUUUUUUCUUCGUGGAAGAAAUCUUUGUCCAGGAGGAUCUGCAGCUGGUGAUUUUCCAUAAAUUCUUGCAGAUUACUAACCCAAAUGCAGAGAGCAAGAACAGCGCACGAGAGAGAUUUCCAUCCGUAGAAGGUAAUUUGCCGUAGGAGGAAAAAGUUUUGGGACUUCUUUUUCGGGGGAGAUUGUGAAGACGCAGAAAAUCCUCAUUCUAUAUAGACAAGGAGAUAAAGUGAUGUCCCAGCAGUGUUGAUGCGUCCCGGAAGACCUUCAGCUGGUGAAAAGUGUUUCUUUUACUGUUUGUGUUGUCCCCAACAAAGAGAGGAGCCGCUUUUGAGCGGAUCAAGAGGAGAAAGAGAAAGUUUGAGAGAUUGUCGUCAAUUCAAUUGCUUGCAUUGCUCCUGACCAAUUUUGCUGUGCAAGAAAACGGAUCAUGUUUGCAUCAAGGAAUGAGGUAAUAGUAGAAUCCCAGAAUGAUCUACACAAGGAUGGGCAGCAACAGAAGCACACGGAGAAGCAUGUUCGCCCCAAUGGACCACAAGUGAAGCGUCGGAAUAUGUCUGGUGGGCAGAAUGUUUCCCAGGGUGGGAGCAAGAGACGCUUCCAGUACAAUCAGAACAGCAAUAAACUCGCUGCAAUGUUCUUCCCGAGUCUUAGUGACUCCUGCCGCAAUACGUAUCGCCAAAGCCAAGCAGGCGAUUCCUGCCGGCCCGUGUAUCGGCACAAUCUCUCACCCGUGGUGGAGAUCAAAGUGAGCGACGAGAACAAAAACUCAUCAAAUCACUACAUUGGAACGGAAGGAGCACCUCAGGGGAAUUCACCGGGACACCAGCACUCUGGGAAUGUUGGUACAGGGGUGACGGCGCAUCCGGGCACUGAGGACGAGCACACACGCCAAAUGAACACGGGCAAAUACCACAAUCCCUACUACGGCAGGGGGCAGUAUCAGCAACAAACGCGGGGGCAUCAGUACCUCUUCCAGGGAGACGGACGGAACAAUGGGAGGGAUCACAAGUGGCACUGCAGUGGCUGGGGUGCGUGUACGUGUGGGCAACAGAAGCAGUGGAAUGGCAGGGAGUACCCAAGGACACCAAAUGGUAAGACUGGUGGGAAUUUUAUGUACACCGAAAUGCCGCUUAGUAGCCGAUCACCCACGCCCAGUCUCAAGUCCGAAAGUCCACCAGCUGUUACGUCCAAUAUUCACGGAUCCCCCGUCAUGGUUAACACGGGGGAGAUGAAUCAUCUCAUGACAGUCUCCACAGAUUCUCAGCAGCUUUCAAGCAACAGAAGCCACCAUUCGAAUGGCUAUGAAUCAGAUUCAUCCCAUUCAAGCCAUCAGCAGCAGCAGCAUCAGCAGCAAAUGCAACAGCAGCAGUCCUAUGUGCCGUCAUGUGAUUACUUCUUCGAUCUCGGUUCAUCCAGCUACCAACUGGCGGAAGUAAUGAGCCACCAGCAUCACCAUAUUCAGGGUAGUAGUCAGAGCUCCCUGAAUAGCAAUCACACAGACGAAGCACAACAAAUGGGGGGCUACGGCUAUGAGAUUUUGCCCUACUUCAAUCACCGUACUCCCUCCUACCUGUUCUACGAUCCAACACCGCUGAAUCCCGAAAUUGAUGGGUAUCUACGGAAGAGGUACACCACUGUCACAUCCCCACAGGAUAGCCGACGAUCAGCCACACUGGGGACGCCUGGGAAUCGACGGAAGCGCAAUGCGGAGACACCACCAGAUCACUUUAUCGCCCGAGCGCAUCUUGUGAUGAUGAAGAAGAUACCAAAGCAACUCCUAACGGGCGGGCAGUGGGAUGAACUGUCGCAGAUGGUGUGGAGUCGCUUCAUGCUGGCACAACAAACAGAGGAGACGUACGUGAAGAAGAUGAAUCUGUGGAAGAGUCUCUUUGUCUACAUACGCAGCACACAUCCGCGCUAUGGGCUCUACCUUGUUGGCUCCACCAUGACGGGCUUUGGGGCGGAUACGUCGGAUGUUGACAUGUGCCUCGUGUCGAAGUACAGAACAGAACUAGAGCCACGUACUGAGGCCAUUGUUAAUUUGAUGGAGCUUCAGAAUUUUUUGGCAUUAAACAAAAAAUUCGAGAUGUUUCAUCUGAUUGAAGCCAAAGUGCCAAUUCUGCGUUUUCGCGAUGCAGACAAUCAUAUUGAGGUGGAUUUGAACUACAACAAUUGCGUUGGCAUUCGCAACACACACCUGUUGUAUUGGUAUUCAAACAUGGAUUGGCGCGUAAGACCUCUAGUACUGGUGGUGAAGAUGUGGGCACAAUAUCAUUGUAUUAAUAAUGCAAAAAAUUCCACAAUUUCGAGCUAUUCGCUCGUUCUUAUGGUGAUACACUUCCUCCAAGCUGGUGUAACACCUGCAAUACUGCCGUGCCUCCACAAAAUGUAUCCUGAAAAAUUUGGCGCUGACAAUGAUAUUCGCACGAUAAAUAUUCAUGAAAAUCUCAAGGCAUACAAUUCGCAAAAUCAACAAACUCUCGGUGAACUUUUCCUGCAGUUUCUUGAGUACUUUAGCAAUUUUGAUUACUCCCUGUACGCUAUAUCAGUACGAACGGCAUCGUGCUUAUCAAUUGACUUUUGUCGAAUGCAACGAAGUCCGAAGAAUGAUUGCCACCAGUGGAAGCAUCUCUGCAUUGAGGAGCCCUUUGAUCUCACCAAUACGGCACGUUCUGUCUACGAUAGUGAUGUCUUUGAGAAGAUCAAAUUCAUUUUUAUGUGGUCAUGGAAAACAUUGGAGGCAACAAUGGAUAUUAAUGCAAUUUUCAAACCCAUCUACGGGUAUGCAUUCCACCCAGCACCGAGUCGCUAAACAACAACAAAAAGCACUAAUAAGUGAAAGAGAGAAAAAAAACCUAUGUGUGCUGCAAAAUGCAUUUAUUAAUUGAAGACUGAGAGAGGAGCUCAAGUUGAAGAAGAAAACUACCCCCAAAUAAUGAAAAAAAAAAAACAAAUGGCAACAAAAAUAAGGGGUCGAUGGGGAGUUAAAAGUGAAAAAGAAAUCGAAAAGCUCCACAAAAGAAAAUUCCCCAUCAAACAGUAUUUUUAAUCAUACAAAAUUGGCGAUCGCGAUCAAUACGUAGUGGAGGAGAAGAUCUCAUUGCAAUUUAUUUUUUCCAUGCAAAUGAGAGAACUUUUCGUGAAAUUGUGAAAGGAUGAAUUGAAAUGAUGAAGUGAGAAAAGAAACUAAAAAAUUUAAUUAAUUUUUGUUCCUCAAACUAGUCGCAAAGCGCCAAAAUUUCACACUAAAAUUUAAGAUUUUUUUUUGCUAUAUAAGGAUUUUUCCGCCUUUCCGGUUUUUCUUCGAUUAAAAAAAAUUGGAACACAAAAGGGAAAAAUAUUUGUAUAAUGAAAAAAAAAGGAAAAAUUGUUUCUGUGAAACUCGUAGGAAUAAUGGAGAAAUGGAGAAGAAAAGCUCAUCACUGAGUUAUAUAUACGUAGUAUUUUUUUUUCAACAUUUAUUUGAAUGAAUUUUGCUGUGAAGCAAGUGAAAAAAACUGUGUAAAAAAAAAUUUAGUAAUAAUUCUUAGACAUAUUGAGAGAGCUAAAGUGCCUUUAACUAAACUUUUUUCUCCACGAAGAAUAGGGAAGAGAAAUAUUUGAAUUGAAUCGUCAUUAAAAUGAUAAUUAAAAAAAACUGUUAGGGCACUUUAUAUAUAUACCUGUAGUAUAGAUAUUUAUAAAAAAAAACAAAGGGCUGUGAUUAGCAGUUUCAAGUGAAAUUAUUACUGAAGAAAAAACUGAAAAAUACUAUGUGAAUACGAAGGAAAGAAAAAAAAACAUUCUCAAAAGAGACAAAAAGGGAACAAAAUUGAUGUAAAAGACAACGAGGAGAAACAAUAAUUUUUCAAUUUAUAAGAGAAAACAAAAUCAAACGGUUUCUUAUACAAAAUGAGAUAUAAACGCUAAAAAGGAGCUUAUUCAUGCGCGUAGAUUUUAGAAAACAAAACUGUUGCAAAGAACCGAAAUCUCUCACAAUUUUUUUCUUUAAAUUUAAAACUUAACUUCAAAUCAAAAACUUAAAAAAAAAUCAAUUGAAAAAAAAUUACAAAAAACAAAAAGCUUAGAAGAAAAAAACAUAUAAAAGAAAAAUAUCCCAUCGAAAAAAAACAGAUUUUGUAAAAGAUUAAUUUUUGUUUGUAUAAAUUCUCACAGAAAAAAAAAUUUUUUUGCUUGGAUAAAAAGUUUUGAAAAAAAAGUAGUUUCUUAGGGUUCAUCUGGAAUAAAAAAUCAAAAGUAAAAUUAUUAAUAAAAAAAAAUCAACCCCGAUAAAGUGAAAAAAAAAAUCAUUCGUUUAUAGGAAGAAAGAUUAAAAAGAAAAAAGAUGAUAAUGGCAGAAUAAUUUUUUUUUACUCUAUUGUUUGUAAGAUGACUCCGAUAUGAGAAUAAGCAAAAAAUGUAAAUUGAGAGGUCCCAAUAAAAUGUUUCGCUCUCGGAA